AUGGGCUCCACACCCAAAAAACAACUCAUCCUCAAUGCCUUCACGAUGCAAUCCCCCUCGCACCUGAACCCCGGCCUCCACCGGCACCCCAACGACAAAGGCCGGGAGUACAAAAACAUCCAAAACUGGAUCAGCCUGGCGCAAAAGCUCGAAGCCGCCAAAUUCCAUGCCAUAUUCUUCGCCGACGUCCUAGGCGGCUACGACGUCUACCGUGGCCCAGGCAACCUGCACCCGACGAUCCCAGCCGGCGCACAAUUCCCCAUCAACGACCCACUGUACUCAGUCCCGGCCAUGGCAGCCGCUACCGAGACAAUCAGCUUUGGAGUGACUGCGUCGACGACAUACGAAGCGCCGUACGCGCUGGCCCGACGCUUCUCGACCGUCGACCACCUAACGAACGGUCGCAUCGGAUGGAACAUCGUGACGAGCUACCUCGAGAGCGCGGCACGCAACUUCGGGUUAGACACGCAGAUCGAACACGACGAGCGGUAUCGCAUCGCAGAUGAGUAUCUGGACGUGACAUACAAGCUGUGGGAGGGGUCGUGGCGGGACGAUGCCGUGCAGCCUAAGGAUGGCAAAUCGGGGUAUGCGGAUCCCGACGGGGUGAGGCAGAUCAACCAUGCUGGGAAGUACUUUAAUGUUCCCGGGCCGCAUCUGUGCGAGCCGAGUGUGCAGCGCACGCCGUUUUUGCUGCAGGCCGGGACGUCGAGUGCCGGGAAGGCGUUUGCGGCGAAGCAUGCGGAGGCGAUCUUCUUGCAUGCGCAGCAGCCGGAGCUGGUGAGACCCAGUGUGGACAGUGUGCGGGAGCAGGCGCGUCAGGCUGGGCGCGACGGAGCAGCAAUUAAGGUGAUUGCUGGGGUGUUAGUGAUUGUUGCUGAGACGGACGAGGCGGCGCAUGCAAAGUUCGACGCGCUGGCGCAAUAUGGGGAUCGCGAAGGCGCGCUGGCGUUGUUUGGGGGGUGGACUGGGUACGAUCUGUCGAAGUGGGGAGAUGAUGAGGAUUUCCGGUUCGUGGAGCAGCCGGCUGUGCGAAGCAUGGUGAAUCACUGGGCGAGUACAGUGCCGGGUACGCAGAAGAAGUGGGAUAAGAAGACCAUCGCGGAGUAUUUGGUGCUUGGGGGAAAUGGUUGCAAGAUUAUUGGGAGUGUGCAGACAGUGGCAGAUGAGUUGGAGAGGUGGGUGUCCGUGGGCGAUGUGGAUGGCUUCAAUUUGAGCUAUGCCAGUGUGCCGGAUACGUUUGACGAUGUCAUCACGUAUUUGAUUCCGGAAUUGCAGCGGAGAGGGGUGUUCCAUACGGACUAUGAGGUGCCCGGGGGGAGUAUGCGUGAGAAUAUGUAUGGGGUGCAGGGAAAGACGCGGUUGCCGGAGACCCAUCCGGGGGCGACGUAUUUCUGGAAGGGUGGUGAAGCUGUUCCGAAGUAUGCUGCCUAA